AUGUCCGAGUCAACGAUGGAUAAAGCCCCUGAGGUGAAUGUCGAGACUGCUGAGGCUCAGAGCAGCGCAGUUGGUGAGCAGUCGGCGGUCAAGGCCCCCAAAAUCAAGACAAGAGCAGUUGAUGCUGCUCUUAUGAUUGGCUUUGUAUUUCGUGUACCUGUUGGAGAGGGCCAGACUGCCAACGAGGAACAAGGCUUUGGAGUCCGCUACCGUUUUGACGCAACUUUGGGCGGUGGUACGGCCAUCCCGUCUGAUUACGCUGAGAUUUCCGUCCGAUUCCCUCGCGAAGGAUGUACCUUCGCAUGCGAAGAAGCCUCCUCGGCCGUUUUUGAUCGGUUUCCUAACGCCACGGGGCGGGAGAAGGGCCUCACGGUCAUUCGGGUCUGCCUCGCUGAUGAAGCCCGGGUCACGGUCCACGGUUUCGGCAUACCCUUUGCGAACGCGGAUGACCCUCAAGUGGAGGGCUGGGUAAACGAAAGCAAGCCCAUCACCGGCAACCUCACUCUUCUGGACUUCAUUAGGCAGAGGAACUUUUACAUCCUCGUUCGCCUGGCUCCUGAUGUCGCCAGCAAGGCAUUUUCCAUGGAGAAGCUGCCGCCGCCAUUCAAGUAUCCAUACGGCACAGACCAAAGAUGGGACGUCGACAAGUUCAAGGACUUGAUCAAGGUCAACAAAGGCCACCAGUUCAGGGAAGCCUACAACCACGACGAUGACAAUCACCACAUGACAGUCGUGAAUCAGAGUAACGUGCAAGAUGUCAUGUGGCUUGACGACGUAGCUAUCGAGAUCGCGGAGACCAAGUUCCCUGCCUAUUUCGUUCGCCCUGAUCUUGGAGUUCCCACGGCCGACACUGAUCGCUUCUUCGUCAUCGUCGCCACCCGAGAAGGCUUUCUGAAGGAGCAUCAAAAAGCCUGGAUGCAUCUGAGACAACAAGGGCCACUGUUGCUUCAUCUCUACGACAAUCCCCAAAACAGUGAGCCAGACGCCAUAUGGGAGUGCAAGAUCGUGGAUCGCCCUGCUAUAGAGCGACACGAGACCGCAAAGCACGAGCUGGUCCUCCUGGUCCGACGGCCAAAGCGGGCGGACAUGAAUCCGAACUAUGUUGAGAGGAUGGAACUUCACCGAGCUCUCGUCCGCGGAACCGGCUUCUACGACUGGAUGGUGAAAGAAGAUGCGCCGAGAUCCACCGUGGCCGCCACACCAUCUCUCUCUGUGGUCGACACCAACGUCGUGUAUCGCCGGUUGCCCUCCGUCAACUUCCUGGACUUUGGAGAUAGCGUCCGUGCCGAAGCGAUCGUCAACGAGGCGCUUCCUCAUGAUCGCGACCGUUUUCGUGGGUACCUGAGCAACCGGCCUCUUGGAUUUGGGAUGAUUGCAGGCAGGUACGGCCGAGUCCUGUGCUCCGCGCCGAGCGACGCCGCCGUGGACAACUUCGCCGCUCGUUUAGACACGAGGACACGCGCCAUGACUGAGGCCUGCAACCAAGUCAAAGAGCCGAGCGGUCCACAGCACUACCGCCAUCGCCUUGUCAUCAGGGCGUACGAGCCAAACGCCGAGGUGGGUGCCUUCAACGCCUUGCUCAGGGACCCAACGCUGGGCGAUGGAGCGGCUCCAGAGAGAUGGGGAUGGGCACCCCAAUGGAAGCUUCAUCUUUCUUUGGCGUUCUGGUUCCUGGCGGUCCUUGGCUCUCCUGCCGUGAGAGAGUUGCAUCCGGAUGACAGUCAGGAUCUGUGGGACCUACGCCAGCAGAUUGACGGCACAGAGCCGGAGCUUGAGCGCUUGCGCGACGUCGCCACUGGAGUCACUACCUGGGAGCAAUACGAGCGGGACGGUCCAGUCGCGAACAAGACAAUCGAGUUCUACUUGCUCCGUCUCUUGCCAUACGCCAACAUGCUCUGCAUGACGCCCGCAGGAACCGAGCAUGUUGCCAUGUAUCGAGCCUGGAAAACUCGAGUCGCUCGCGGCAUCGCGGUAGAUGAGGCGGGUACCAUGAACCGGGCAGACCUCUACUGCGUCUGGGGUAAUACUUGUCUGCCGUGCUUCCUAUCUGGCGACCCCCAACAGACUGUUCCGACCGUCUUGGGGAAAAACGCUAGGGAUGGUGACGGCAACUUUCUCAACCGGUUCGCAAAGAGCGCCUCUAUUUCGGCUUUGGCUUUCUUCCAGGCAACUGGCAUUCCGGUAUACCGGCUGAAGACCAAGCUGCCCUAA